UCCUGGGGCCAGGCCAGGAGAAGGACCUGAGUGUUCAGGAACCAGCUCAGGCCUCCCAACCUGCCAGCCUGCCUGCCUGCAUCAGAGAGAUUGUCACCCGCAACUUCUCCCAGCCUGAGUGCCCAGCCCUACUGCCUGCCCCAGAGAUGGCCUCGCUGCUGUCCCUGCAGGAAGAGAACCAGCUGCUGCAGCAAGAGCUAUCCCGUGUGGAGGACCUACUGGCCCAGAGCCGAGCUGAACGUGAUGAGCUUGCCAUUAAGUACAAUGCAGCCAGUGAAAGGCUGGAGCAGGCUGUGCGGCUGGAGUCUGGGGAGCUGGAGGUGCCCGAGCCCAGGGGGCUGGUACGGCAGAGCGUGGAGCUGCGGAGGCAGCUGCAGGAGGAGCAAGCCUCCUACCGGCGCAAGCUGCAGGCCUACCAGGAGGGCCAGCAGCGGCAGGCCCAGCUAGUACAGCGGCUGCAGGCCAAGAUUCUGCAGUAUAAGAAGAAGUGCUCAGAGCUGGAACAGCAGAUUCUGGACAGAUCCACAGAGCUGGAGCAGCAGCGGCUAAGGGACACAGAGCACAGCCGAGAUCUGGAGAGUGCUCUCCUCCGCCUGGAGGAGGAGCAGCAGAGGAGUGCCAGCCUGGCCCAGGUGAAUGCUAUGCUGCGAGAGCAGCUGGACCAGGCAGGCUCUGCCAACCAGGCUCUAAGCGAGGACAUACGUAAAGUGACCAGUGACUGGACCCGCAGCCGCAAGGAGCUGGAACAGCGGGAGGCAGCAUGGCGUCGUGAGGAGGAGUCUUUCAAUGCGUACUUCAACAGCGAGCACAGCCGCCUGCUCCUCCUGUGGAGGCAGGUUGUGGGGCUUCGACGGCUGGUCAGCGAGGUGAAGAUGGGUACGGAGAGGGACCUGCUGCAGCUGAGUGGGGAGCUGGCCCGGACUUCACGGGGCGUGCAGGAGGCAGGCCUGGGGCUGAGUGCAGGCCUGCAGCUGGCAGAGAGCCGGGCUGAGGCAGCACUGGAGAAGCAGGUGCUGCUGCAGGCCCAGUUGGAGGAACAGCUUCGGGUCAAGGUACUUCGAGAGAAGGAACUGACUCAGCUGCAGGUGCAGAGUGACUUGAACAAGGCUGACCUCAGUGCCAGAGUGACAGAGCUGGCUCUGGCAGUGGAGCGCCUCCAGAACCAGAACCUGGAGAAGGAUCAGGUCAACAAGACACUGUCAGAGAAGCUGGAGGCCCUGGAGCAGGCAGCCCUGGAGGUGGAGGAUGGAGAUGGGCUGCAGCAGACUCUGAGGGAUUUGGCACAGGCCGUCCUGUCUGACUCUGAUAGUGGCAUCCAGCUAAGCGGCUCCGAUCGUACAGCCGAUGUCUCUGACGGCAGUCUGCGAGGGCUCUCAGGACCACGGACCCCGUCUCCACCACGGCGUGCCUCACCAGGACGUGGCCGAUCACCACGCCGAGGCCCAUCUCCCGCCUGCUCUGACUCCUCCACUCUCAUCCUGAUCCACUCUGCCCUGCACAAGCGCCAGCUGCAGGUCCAGGACAUGCGCGGGCGCUAUGAGGCAAGCCAGGACCUGCUGGGCACCAUGCGGAAGCAGCUUAGUGACAGCGAGGGUGAGCGGCGAGCCCUAGAGGAGCAGCUGCAGCUCUUGCGGGACAAGACAGAUGGUGCCACCCAGGCCCAAGAGGAUGCCCAGCAUGAGGCCCAGCGGCUGCGCAGUGCCAAUGACCUCCUGAGCAGCCAUAAACAGCUAGAGCAGCUGGAGGUGAAGCGCUCAGGGCUGGCGAAGGAGCUGGUGGCGGUGAGGGAGGCGCUGAGCUGCACCACACUGCAACGGGACAUGCUGCAGGCUGAAAAAGCUGAGGUGGCCGAGGUGCUGACCAAGGCAGAGGCUGGCCGUGUGGAGCUUGAGCUGUCCCUGACCAAGCUGAGGGCAGAAGAGGCCUCCCUGCGGGACUCCUUGUCCAAGCUGAGUGCCCUCAAUGAAAGCCUUGCCCAGGACAAGCUGGAGCUGAACCGUCAUGUUGCCCAGCUGGAGGAGGAAAAGGCAGCCCUGCUGGGCAGGCAGCAGCAGGCCCAACAUGAGGCCACCCUGGCACUGGAGGAGCAGGAACGGCUGGAGCAGCUGCGACUAGAGCAGGAGGUGGAACGGCAGGGCCUGGAGGGCUCCCUGCACGUAGCUGAGCAAGCCCGGGAGGCGCUGGAGCAGCAGCUCCCUACGCUGCGCAGUGAGCGCAGCUGGCUGCAGGAGCAGCUGGCCCAGCUCUCCAGGCAGCUGACCAUGCGGGAGCAGGAGCUGGAGCAGGCCCAGCGGGAAUCCCAGCGGCAGGCGGAGGCACUGGAGCGGGCAGCCCGGGAGAAGGAAGCCCUGGCUAAGGAGCGGGCUGGCCUGGCUGUGCAGCUGGCUGCAGCAGAGCGUGAAGGCCGGACCUUGUCAGAGGAGGCAUCACGCUUGAGGUUGGAGAAGGAAGCCUUAGAGAGCAGCCUGUUUGAGGUGCAGAGGCAGCUGGCCCAGCUGGAGGCCCGUCGGGAGCAGUUAGAAGCUGAUGGACAGGCCCUGCUGCUGGCCAAGGAGACCCUGACAGGGGAGCUGGCAGGUCUGCGGCAGCAGAUGAUAACCACAGAAGAGAAAGCGGCUCUGGAUAAGGAGCUGAUGGCACAGAAGUUGGUGCAGGCUGAGCGGGAGGCGCAGGCCUCUCUGCGGGAGCAGCGGGCAGCCCACGAGGAAGAUGUGCAGCGGCUGCAGCGGGAAAAGGAGACAGCAUGGCGGGAGCUGCAGGCAGAGCGGACCCAGCUGCAGGGCCAGCUGCAGCGGGAGCGGGAGGAGCUGCUGGCCCGGAUGGAGGCUGAGAAGGAGGAGCUGAGUGAGGAGAUUGCUGCCCUGCAGCAGGAGCGGGAUGAGGGCCUGCUCCUGGCUGAGAGUGAGAAGCAGCAGGCCUUGUCCCUGAAGGAGUCUGAGAAGACAGCGCUGUCAGAGAAGCUGAUGGGGACACGGCACAGUCUGGCUGCCAUCUCUCUAGAAAUGGAGCGGCAGAAGCGAGAUGCUCAGAGCCGCCAGGAGCAGGACCGGAGCACCGUGAAUGCCCUGACAUCCGAGCUGCGGGACCUCCGGGCCCAGCUUGAGGAGGCUGCUGGUGCCCACGCCCAGGAGGUAAAGAGGCUACAGGAGCAGGCCCGAGACCUGGGCCGGCAGCGGGAGGCCUCCCUCCGUGAGGCAGAAGAGCUGCGGACUCAGCUGCGCCUGCUGGAGGACACCCGUGACGGGCUGCGGCGGGAUCUUCUAGAGGCGCAGCGCAAGGUGCGGGAGAGCCAGGAGGGCCAAGAAGCCCAGCGCUUGGAGGCCAGUGAGCUGCGGCGCAGCCUAAGCGAGGGCGUCAAGGAGCGUGAGGCCCUGCGGCGCUCUAACGAGGAACUGCGGGCGGCUGUGAAGAAGGCCGAGAGCGAGCGGAUCAGCCUGAAGCUUGCCAGUGAAGAUAAGGAACAGAAGCUGGCCCUUCUGGAGGAGGCGCGUACAGCUGUGGGCAAGGAGGCCGGGGAGCUGCGGGCUGGGCUGCAGGAGGUGGAGCGCUCUCGGCUGGAGGCCCGGCGUGAGCUGCAGGAGCUCAGGCGGCAGAUGAAGAUGUUGGACACUGAUAAUACUAGGCUGGGCCGGGAGCUGGCAGAGCUGCAGGGCCGCCUGGCUCUGGGUGAGCGGGCUGAGAAGGAGAGCAGGCGGGAAGCCCUGGGCCUCAAGCAGAGGAUAAUGAAGGGUGAGGCCAGCCUGGAGGCCUUGCGGCAGGAGCUCCAGGGAUCCCAGCGGAAGCUGCAGGAGCAGGAGGGCGAGUUCAGGGCCCGAGAGCGAGGUCUGCAGAGCUCUCUGGAGGAGGCACGUGGCGCUGAGAAGAAGCAGCUGGACAUCGCCCGAGGACUGGAGCUGAGGCUGGAGGCAGCCCGGGCUGAGGCUACGGAGCUGGCACUGCGGCUGAGUGCAGCCGAGGGUCGGGCACAGGGCCUGGAGGCGGAGCUGGCCCGCGUGGAGGCACAGCGGCGCUUGGCGGAGACCCAGCUGGGUGGCCUGCGCUCCGCCCUGCGCAGAGGCCUGGGUCUAGGCCGAGCUCCCAGCCCGGCUCCCAGGCCAGUGCUGGGCUCCCUAGCCCUGGGCUCCCCUGCCCGGGAUGCACCUGUAGGAGGAAGUGGGGACGGACUCAGCAGCCCCAACCCUUUGGAACACAGCCCUGGGUCUGAGCCACCAUCCCCAGGACCUGUCACCUCCCCAGUGUCUCCAGACCUGGACCCAGAGACGGUGCGGGGAGCCCUCCGGGACUUCCUGCAGGAGCUGCGGAGCACCCAGCGAGAGCGGGAUGAACUCCGGGCCCAAACCAGGGCCCUGAAUGGUCAGCUGGCUGAGAUGGAGGCUGAGAGGGACAGCGCUGUAGUGCGGGUCAGGCAGCUGCAGAAGACCGUGUCUGAGAGUGAGGAAGCCCGGCGCAGUGUGGAUGGGCGGCUGAGUGGGGCCCAAGCGGAGCUGGCGCUGCAGGAGGAGAGCGUGCGGCGCAGCGAGCGGGAGCGCAGGGCCACGCUGGACCAGGUGGCUGCACUGGAGAGGAGCUUACAGGCCAUGGAGAGCGAGCUCCGGGCCAGCCAGGAGAAGAUGAGCAAGAUGAAGGGCACUGAGGCGAAGUUGGAGAGUGACAAGCGGCGCCUGAAGGAGGUGCUGGAUGCCUGCGAGAGCCGCACCAUCAAGCUGGAGCUGCAGCGGCGCGCGCUCGAGGGGGAGCUGCAGCGCAGUCGCCUGGGCCUGAGUGACCGCGAGGCCCAGGCCCAGGCCCUCCAGGACCGGGUGGACUUCCUGCAGAGACAGGUGGCAGACAGCGAGGCGAAGGCAGGAACCUUGCAGCUGACGGUGGAGCGGCUGAACGCAGCCCUGGCCAAGGUGGAGGAGAGUGAGGGGAUCCUGCGGGGCAAAGUCCAGAGCUUGACUGAGGCUCUGGCCCAGAGCAAUGCCAGCCUCACCAGCACCCAAGACAAGAACCUGCACCUUCAGAAGGCCCUAACUGCCUGCGAACAUGACCGACAAGUGCUACAGGAACGGCUAGAUGCUGCCCGGCAGGCAUUGUCUGAAGCUCGGAAGCAGAGCAGCUCUCUGGGCGAGCAGGUGCGGACCAUGCAGGGUGAGCUGGCAGAGCUGGAGCUGCAACGGGCAGAGGCUGAAGGGCAGCUGCAGCAACUGCGGGAGGUGCUGGAGCAGCGGCAGGAGGGUGAGGCCGAGGCCCUACGCACGGUGCAGAAGCUGCAGGAUGAGCGGCAGCGGCUGCAGGAGCGGCUGGGCAGCCUGCAGCGUGCCCUGGCACAGCUGGAAGCUGAGAAGCGCGGAGUGGAACGCUCAGCCCAGCGGCUGGACAAGGACCGCGUGUCCCUCAGGAGGACGCUUGACAAGGUGGAACGUGAGAAGCUCCGCAGCCAGGAGGACGCUGUGCAGCUGAGUGCUGAGAAGGGCCGCCUGGGCCGCACCCUCACUGGGGUCGAGCUGGAGCUGGCCGAGGCCCAGAGGCAGAUCCAGCAGCUGGAGGCCCAGGUGGAGGCCUUGGAGCAGAACCAUGGCCCAGGGCCACUGGAGGCGGACGAGCAGCAACAGCUGGAGCUACAGCAGGAGGUGGCACACCUGUGCAGGGCCCAGGUGCAGACUGAGCGCACUCUGGAGGCGCGGGAGCACAUCCACCGCCAGCGGGUCCGAGGGCUGGAGGAGCAGGUGUCCACCCUGAAGGGGCAGCUGCAGCAGGAGCUUCGAAGGAGCUCAGGAUCCUGCUCCCUGCCCUCCGGCACCCCAGAGAAAUGAGUUCCUUCCCAGAAAACAGCCUGUGUGAGACAGAACAGGGGCCUGUUGAGAAGGGGCCAGUGCUGGGGUUGGGAGGACACCAUCUCCAGGACCCCCACCCCCCAACCCCAGCUUCAUCGUGUUGUCACCUCAGCACUCCUCCCCUGGGAAAAGCCACUUUAGAUUUGACAAGUCCUCCUGAGAGCACUGAGCCAAAGUCUGGUCAGGGAGAGCCCUUGACUCCAGCUAGCCCUGGGGCAAGGGCUCAUGGGAAAGAGGGGUACCCAGCGCAGGGUAGGGGCAGCACCCGGGCCCUGACUGGCUUCCAGAGACCCCUCCACCGUUCAGAAUUUGUUAGUGAGCUUAGAGUGUUUGUAUUUUUGUACCUUUUUGUAAUGUUAACUAUUGAG